AUGACUGUCAGCUACAACCAAUCUGUGGCUACUUCUAGGCCAUGGACCUUUCUUGCUCUAAUCUUCAGGUGGCGUGGUUCGGUGUGGAAAGCAAUUUGGAUUCAGUACUCUGUGUGGUUGGGGCUGUAUUUUCUAGUGUCUGCAAUUUAUCGAUUCAUACUUCAAGACUAUCAACGGCUGAUUUUUGUUAAACUUGUUGAUUACACAAGCGCUCGACUGUCUUAUGUUCCGUUGGAUUGGAUACUUGGAUUCUUUAUUGCUGGAGUUCUCCGUAGAUUCUGGUAUCUUUAUGACAUCAUCGGAUUUAUUGAUAACAUAGCUUGUUCUACUGCGACCUACAUUCGAGGAGACAGUGAGCGAGCAAAACAGUAUCGUAGAAACAUAAUCCGAUAUUGUGAGCUUACGCAAGUUCUUAUUUUCCGUGACUUGUCGAUGAAGGCCCGUAAAAGAUUUCCAACUCUUGAUACAGUUGCUGCUGCUGGUUUCAUGAUGCCUCAUGAAAAAGCAAAUUUCGAUCAGAUUCAAUACAACUAUAACAAAUAUUUUUUACCGUUCAACUGGGCUUGGGCGUUAGUUUAUAACGCAAGAAAAGAGGGGUUGAUUGAAGGAGAUUAUUAUGUCACAGUAAUUUCCGAGGAUAUCAAGAAGUUCCGUACAGGACUCGCUUGGGUUUGUAACUACGACUGGGUUCCACUUCCUAUUAUUUAUCCAACAAUCGUAUGCUUGGCAGUUCACAUGUACUUUUUCGUAUGCAUUAUGGCUCGACAAUAUGUGACAGGGGCUGAAAAUGAUCCCAAUAUGAUUGAUUUGGUCUUUCCAUUCAUGACAAGCAUCCAAUUUGUCUUUUAUAUGGGUUGGCUGAAAGUUGGGGAAGGAUUGCUGAAUCCGUGGGGUGAAGAUGACGAUGACUUUGAGACAAACAUGUUAAUCGACAGGAAUCUCGCGAUGGGACUUAAAAUUGUGGACGAAGGUUACGAUAAAACUCCGAGACUAGAAAAGGAUGCAUUCUGGGAUGACGCAUGGGUACCAUUGUAUUCAGAAGCUAGUGCUCAUGAGAAACGAUAUCAUCAGAGACAGGGAUCAUUGGCACAUAUCAAAUUGAGUAGGUCAGUCUCACAAGUUAGAAUGGUUCCGAGGGAUGGAAGACGAGCUAGUGUUGUCAAAGAACGAAUCGUGAAUGUGAAACCAGAAGAGACUAAUGACUCUAGAGGAAACGGAAUUGGUGAUAUCCUGCGGCCGUCAUCUCUUCUCAAUCUGAUGAAGCACGCAGCCUCUUCACAUAGUUUGGAGAGACAGCAAAGUCCAGGAAGCUUCCGAAUGGAUACACUAUCGCCGACUUCUCCCACUGCGGAGACGACCGGAGAUAAAAUUGAUAAGAAAGACUAG